GCAAGCCUACAUUGGUAUGACACCAUCACUUUAGGUUUUUCGAAGGGUGUUGCCAUACCUUUAACAAAUUCAAAUUAUCAAAGGCUGUGACAAUAUGAAAAUAACAACGAUUGUACUUUGUGAGUUUCUAAUCGGCGUAGUUUGUCAAAUCUCCGGACUUCAAGAAUGUAAAACUUUCUUUAAUCUGGCGGAUGAAACGGACAGCUUUUCGUCUACAGACAUCCUCUCUGUGGUCAACAACUCAGAGCUGCUGGACUGUGUCAGUAGAUGUUUCCGACACACCCGAUGUGUCGGGGUGAGGUUUGCCCCCAGCACCGGUCAGUGUCACAUGUACGCAACCUACCAGACACAGACAACCACGGGGACGGGAACGACUGGGGACAAAUACUACAUCAUAAAACAUCUCUGCGGUUCCCCAACCCCGUCUCUUCCCUCAACAUAUUGGAGAAAUGACGUCAUUGCUACGUCUUCGGCGUGCAACGAUACAACGGCUUUUGUUGGAACCAGUGCCGCGAUAUUCUGUGUUCCGGGAUCGUCAGUCUGGACACAAGCAAAUGGAACUUGUGUUAACAAAACUUCUCCAGUAUCCAUCAGCGGCGCACACCUGCACACAGUAGACUCUGGCUUUUCAUUGGUUGCAACACCUACAGCGGCAACAUUUGAUGUGACCUUCAUUGCCGGAAAUGGAAAUUACCUCCUGAAGAUUGCAGUAAAAAUUGACCUGACAAAGGUGAACCGAAACAGCAGGGUAUCCUCUUCUUGGCAGACCAGCGAGACUCCCUUGGCUGCCCCCUUCCCCUUCCAAGUGGAUAAAAUGUUUACAAUGGACAUCCUUUCAUCUGAGUCUGGGUUCCAGUGCAAAGUGGAUGGAGUGACGUUGUUUACCUUCCAGCACCGUCUACCGAGAGAUAGCCUGGAUACUAUCAAAAUAACUAAUGUCAACAUAAAAACUAUCAUAUUGACAUGAAGUGGUUAUAGUGCUAGCGAGUCGUCACAGUCACCACAGAAUAUGUAAAUUGUGUGACAUUCUUCGCGUCCCCCAUCGCGAUAUUACUGACUCAGUUUGUUCUGUCAUUGUUUGCUUCUGUUAUUUAUCAACUCCGUGAUCAUAUAUUUAUUGUCCACAUUAAACAAACGUAAUACUGACGUGGUAAAAUCAAAGCAAACAUCAUACACUAUAACACUAACAAGAAGGUAUGACUUUCAUCCGCCCUUCAGUACACAUACGUUCUACAAAGCCGUAUUGUCACAUCACUAUCGUUUACACACAUAGUGCGAUUUGGGGGCUCAAGAAAGAUUCUCAUUUAAGAAAUAGUACAGAAUCGUAGUAUUGGGUUUAUGUGGAACCACUUACACGCCGUUAAAAGCUUUCUUAUUUGGCUUCCUAUCGUUUUAACAUUACGUUUUGCAGAUAGCCAUGAUAAGAUAUUGAACUGACAUUUCACGCCGUCUUAUAUAACCCUAUUUUUAUUGUAUUAUAGUUUCAAGUUUCAAUUUCAGAUUACCUCUUGCAAUAUGUUUAUACUAAUAAUACUCACAUAUAAACUUUAAUGUAGUGUUCCUACUUCACAAUAUACAACAUUUCGCACACCAAUGAACCGACUGUGUUUUUGA